AUGACUGGAGCAACUCUACCAUUGUCGAUCCGCACAAACGGCAAUGAAAUCGAGAUCGUAAACCAGCUCUUACUACCACACGUUGUCGAGUAUGUGAAGAUAAAUUCCAUCAAGGAAGCGCACGAUGCCAUCAAGACUAUGAAGAUUCGAGGUGCUCCCGCAAUCGCCUCUCUCGCAGUACUCUCCUUCGCGUCCACCCUCUCCAAAGUACUCGGUAUGACGGUACCACCUCCAUAUCUAUCGUCCCCACAAGCUCUGCAAGAGUGCGUUGAACCAAAACUCGACUUCCUCCUUACUGCACGGCCAACAGCAGUUAACCUCGGUGCAGCGAUCCGACGGCUCCGCCGUGUGCUAUCCGAUGGUGUAAAAUCUGGAACGGAUGCGCGUACGAUUGCAGAAGCACUUGUCCGUGAGGCACGAGCCAUUGCAGACGAGGACCUGGGAAGGAACAAGGAGAUGAGUAAGCAUGGUGCAGAGUGGCUUGUUGAGGUGAGGAAGGCGAAGGGGGAGGAUGCAAGUGCGCUGAAUUUGCUAACGGUAUGCAAUACGGGGUCGUUGGCUACUUCUGGAUAUGGGACUGCUCUCGGACUCAUUACCCAUCUAUUCGAAACCGGGAGAUUGGGAACGGCGUACUUCACCCAGACUGCACCAUAUCAUCAAGGCUCUCGCCUGACUGCUUAUGAACUACAAGCCUUACAAGCACCUCACGUCAUGAUCUGUGAUACCAUGAUUGGUUCAUUAUUCCAGAACCGUAAGAUCCAUGCAGUCCAGUUGCUAUUUAUACUGCUUGUUCUAGUCGUUGGCGCCGAUCGUAUCGCUAAGAACGGAGACACUGCAAACAAAGUAGGGACUUACAACGCCGCUGUGCUAGCCGCACGACACAAGAUCCCAUUCAUCGUAGUCGCACCGAUCAGUACAGUUGACCUCGACAUUUCCGACGGAUCCCAAAUCCCAAUUGAACAACGUCCAUGGCUCGAAGCCUGUCUCGUACGUGGGGCUAUCUAUCCAACUCCCGAGACAGGUAAAGCGGAGCAAGCUGUAGUGAUGCUUACGCCCCCCGGCCUUGAGGAGAAGAACGUAUACAAUCCGAGUUUUGACGUCACUCCUGCAGAACUCAUUAGUGCAAUCGUCACUGAGAAGGGCGUUGCAGUACGUCAGGAAAAUGGCGCGUUUGACUUGAGUUUGGUUGUAUAG